AUGAAGAACUUGUUUGUCAUAUUAUCAUUCUUUUUUAUCGCUUUUGCUUUAGCACAAGUAGGCGAUGUUGACUUGGUGAGUCAAGCGGUAGUCAAAAGAGAAACUGAGCCAACUCAGCAGCAGUUGGAAGAAGUAGACCAAUAUUUGAAGCUGUUAGUCGCUGCGGUUACUGGUAACGUCACAAAGAGAGAUAACCCAGCAUUAACAGCCGCAUUUACUGCCUUGAACCAAUCCGGUACUGGUGUUCAAAUCAUUCAUGGGCUUGCCACAAGCUCUGUUUCUCAAGGCACCACUAUCAAAGCUGUCGAAGAAUAUGUGAAAAACACCGGGUUGGAAACAUUAUUGGAAGCUGCAGACAAUUCUGGUUUAGCUGUUUCAGUUGUUAUGAGAUUCUUUAUCAACUACAAGUUGAUUCCUGCUUUGUGGGAUAUCAUUGUCACUUUAUACAACAAUGGAGUCAUAUCAGUUAAGAGAUUGGAUAUAUUGGGAACAAUUGGCGAUAUCCUUGGUACCGUUCAAGAGUCCAUUUGGUCAUCAGUUAUCACCUUGGUUAACCUUGUUGCUGACCCUGAAUCUAUUUGUGAGUCACUAAACAAAUCAGGCUUGGGUGUUUCGGUUGUUGAUGAUCUUUUCUCAACCACUGAUGGUCAACUGUUCCUUGUUAAAUUGAUAACCGCUCUUGUUAACGAUGGAAUUAUCACCUUGGGUAUCUUGCUUGAUGCUUUGAGAGCGUCGAGCUUUCUUCAAAAUACAUUUACUAAGGUCCUCUCAAGCUCCACAAACAGAAAAAUUAUUUUCAUUUGGGCCGUCAACAAUUUGGUAUCGUUAAUCAAGUACAUCUUUUAG